AUGCCGUCUAUGCACGACCGAAUCCGCGAAGACCUCCUCAACAAAGAACAGGCGCUAUGGACCGCGUUAACCUCGGCCGACCCAGCACCCGCCGUCAAGAAACUGUGCAAUGACGAGGCCAACAUGAUGUUCCCGCAAAUGCCAAUCAUCACGCUGGAGGACGAGUCAAGCUUCGGAAACGCGUUGAAGCCGCCCUUCCAUCGAUUCGACGGGUACCAAUUGGACGAAGUCCGCACCAUCAUCAUCGACCUUAUGGCCGGCGUGGUCACCUACAAGGUCCGCGCCGUGCGAGGCAAGAACCAGUACCAGGCGACGGCGUCCACCACAUGGAGCCAGGGAUCGGAUGGCGAGUGGCGCGUCGCCUGCCACCAGGAAACGCUACUCUAA